AGAGUGUGAACCGGAUUGGUUGGUUCGGUUCUUUUUUUCCAAGGGUUGAUUCGGGUUCAAACUCGGAAAACCAGACAUUGACAGGCAAAAAGUCCGACAUGAAGUCAUGAACAGAUAUUAGAAGCUUUCUUUCUCUUGUAUUACAUGUAUCUUUCACCUUCUCUCAUAAUAUUCGAACCCUAACCCUAAUUCUCAAUGAAUCCCAAUUUUUUUAAACCCUAAAAUUCUUCACUACUUCACAAAGUUCUUUUUGAAUACAGAAAAGAGCUCAAUGGAGACUCAGUUCGCUCACAAUUUAUUCGAGAGACGUCCCAUUAUCAAAUCCAAGACUCCUGCUGUUAAAUGGUUCAAAGAAUGGGUGCCCCAAGAUGUUGUGGCAACUGGUGGAAAGUGUUAUGUUUUGAAAUGGGUAACAGAAACCCAGUUGAAGGCCUUGAAAGAGAAGGCUAAAGAGCCACCAGCACCAGAGCCAGAACCAGAGCCUACUACGGAGGUUCUUUUCCUUUGCAGUUAUGAUGGCUGUGGAAAAACCUUUAUAGAUGCAGGUGCUUUGAGGAAGCAUUCUCAUAUCCAUGGAGAGAAACAGUAUGUUUGUCACUAUGAAGGAUGCCAAAAGAAAUUUUUAGAUAGUUCAAAGUUGAAAAGACACUUCUUAAUUCAUACAGGCGAAAGAGAUUUUGUAUGUCCUCAUGAAGGUUGUGGUAAGGCAUUUUCCCUGGAUUUCAACCUGAGAUCACAUAUGAAAACACAUUCGCAAGAAAACUACCAUAUCUGCCCAUACCCAGAAUGUGGAAAGAGAUAUGCUCAUGAGUACAAGCUGAAGAACCACGUUUCAGCUCACCACGAAAAGCAUUCAACUGUAGAAACGGUGAAAUAUGCCACCCCGCCUGAGAAGGUAACUAAAGUUUCCAAGCCUUCUGCUGGGGUCUAUGCCACUCCAACGUUAGAUCGUCCUUAUGCUUGUCCUUAUGAAGGUUGUAUAAAGGCCUAUAUACAUGAAUACAAGCUUAAACUGCAUUUGAGAAAAGAGCAUCCUGGCCAUAUGUCAGAUGAAAACGCUGAGAACGCCUCUCCUAAUGCUGACAAUGAGAUGGACGAAGGCAGUGAUCAAGAUGCUUAUGCUGAGAAGCAUGUGAAUGGUAAAACCCAAAAACAGAGCCGGCCUAAGCCAAACUUGAAAAUGCCUCCUGCAAAACUCACCCAACGGAAAGGUUCAAGUCCACACCGUGCCACUUUGAAUGUGGUGAAAAAACCUUGGCCAGUUAAAGAAGAAACAUAUGAGGAAGAAGAUAGUGAAGAAACUGAGGAGGAGGAUCGCGACAAUGCAGAGGAUGGAUGGAGAUAUGGCGAAAACGAGGAUGAUGAUGAAGAGACAGAGUAUGAAGACUGAAUGGCUAAACAUUAGGAUGCUGCGUCACCUUCUCCCCAAUCCUUUGUAAUAUAUAAUUUUCUUUUCAUUUCUUUCUAAAAUAAUAUUAGAACUGAAUAAAUUUGUAAUCCUAAAAUUUACAGAAUGAGGAUAGAAAAUUGUUUGCUUCAA